GCAAAUUGCACUACCGGGAGAGAGCUGACAAGACAGGUGAUUGGUAAGGGCGGUACUACCAAAGAGCUGUCCAUUGAGCAUAGCUCUUGCGGAUCAAAAUGGUCGUAAUCCAUUUAUUUCCUCUCUGGGAAAACCCUCAGUAUCUUUCCACACAUUUGAAUCUAUCCAUUGCCAGCUUUCUUCGAGUCAAGUUCAUACUAGACACUUGACGAGCUGUUCGUGCUCUUCUUAUUUCCUUGGUAUGGCUCGUACCUAGAAAAGCCAAUAAAACCUCGCAGUUGAUUUUUGGUCUUUCUUCACCCGACUUAAACCACCAUGGCGGAAACACCAGAGUCCCAGGCUUCUUCGCUACACAACACGGAGAAGCUGGAACCCAAAAUCACCAAUGAGGGUGACGCCGCCAUCCGCAUUUUGAUCGAGAAGCAAGCGUCGGGCAAUGCCCACCUCGCCCAUGUCCCUAUCAGCUGGCGCGGAUUGACCGUCUCCGCUCCGGACACAGGCCCGGUCACUGUCAAGACGCUCCCUCGGGCCUGCCUGAACACUUUUGGAAUUGAUCAAUUCAACUUUGUCAAGAAGCUUUUGUUCCAGAAGGGGUUCGGGGAGACCAAAACCCGAAAUCUCCUUGAAGAUUUCACGGGAAUCGUGAAACCAGGUGAGAUGUUACUGGUUCUGGGCCGACCUGGAAGUGGUUGCUCGACUUUCCUCCGCACCUUGGCCAAUCGCUCCUCCCUCGAAAUUAAUGGUGACCUGCAGUAUGCGGGAAUUCCGGCGAACGAGUUCGGGAAGAGCCAUCGCCGUGAUACGAUCUAUCUCCCAGAGGAGGAUCAGCAUAUUGCGGCGUUGACCGUGCGUCAAACGUUGAGAUUCGCUCUCCGGAUCAGCCUGCCGUCGGAGGCCCGCCAUGGCGCGAUGGUCGAGGAGCUGGUUCAGUCGAUGGCACAGAUGUUUGGUAUCGACCAUGCUCUGGAUACGCCUGUCGGUGGACCAUUCUUUCCUGGUGUGUCUGGAGGCGAGCGAAAGCGUGUGUCGAUCGCCGAGGUCCUUGCCGCUGGCUCAUCGGUACAGUGCUUCGACAACUCCACCCGUGGCCUGGACUCGUCUACCGCGCUUGACUUCGUGAAGGCGCUUCGCGUGCUCACCAAGGUAGGCGAUCGAACCACCAUGGCAACCCUGUACCAGGCCGGAGAGACCUUGUACAACUACUUCGAUAAGGUCCUGGUCAUUUACGAAGGACGACAAGCCUUCUUCGGCAAGAUCGAUGAGGCCCGAGAGUACUUUGAGGAUCUGGGCUUCGUACGCGCAAAGGGCCAGACCACUGCCGAGUUUCUCUCAUACGUCACCGAUCCUACCCACCGUGAAGCGACACCGGGCAGCGCAGCCGCAAACAUGCACACGGCUGCCGACUUUGCAGCAACAUUCAAGAACUCCUCGAACUACGCCAGUCUACUUCAUGAAAUCGACGAUUCACUGUCCUUAGGUCACCCGCAUGCCGCUCAGUCCAAAGGGACUACGUCGUUCAACUUGUCCUAUCCGCUACAAAUAUGGGAGUGUCUGCUACGCGAGGUCCAGCUGGUGCGUGGCCAGAGGAUCAUCCAUUUUGGCAAAUGGAUUGCCACCAUCAUCUUGUGUCUGAUUAUUGGAAGCGAGUAUUUCAACGUCUCGGCAGAUGCCCAGGGUGCGUUCACCCGAGGUGGUCUGAUUUUCUUUGCCCUCAUCGUCAACGGCUGGCUUCAGUUCCCGGAGCUCUUUGAUGCACAUACAAAUCGUCCCGUUUUAGAACGUCAAGCGGCUCUGCACAUGUAUCGACCAUCAGCGGUGGCUCUAGCUCGAGUCCUCAUUGACGUGCCACUGGUGUUUACUCAGCACUGCAUAUUUGUCAUCGUCUUCUACUUCCUGGCUGGGCUACAGGUCGAAGCGGGAAAGUUCUUCUUCUUCUUCUUUGUCCUCAUCUUGUCGACUCUCUGUUUCAGCAAUCUAUUGCGGAUGUUUGCGUACUACGUACCGACUUUGGAUGACUGUUUCCGAUUCGGCGGCACUGGCUCGACUAUCACGAUCUUAUUCUCUGGUUUCCUGGUCCCGACUAAGGACAUGAGACCUUAUUUCGGCUGGCUUCACUAUCUCAGUCCAAUCAACUAUGCCUAUGAGAGUGUCUUUGUUAAUGAAUUCGAUGGCCUGAGCCUCGACUGCAGCGGUGGGAUGGUUCCCGAUGUGCACGGUGCAGAACCAGACUACCAGAUCUGUCUGGUCAACGGAGCCAAAGCAGGACAGCAAUCAAUCCCGGGCUUACAAUAUGCCGAAUCCCAGGGGUUCCUUCUCUCACACAAGUGGCGUAACGUGGGCAUCCUCUUUGCCUUCAUUGUUGCCUACGUCAUCAUCAGUAUGAUUGGCAGUGAGUUGAUGCGAUUCACACCGCAGGGCGGGUCGCCAAUCGUCUUUGCUAAGAAGCAAGGAAAUGCUAAUUUGCAGUCGGGAGCUACUGAGGUUGCUGAGAAGGACAUUGAGCGAGAACUACCCAAUUCUGGUGGUGCUGAGCCGAAAUCUGGACCUGCCAAACACAGCGGUCCCUCACUGACUUGGAAGAACUUGACCAUUGACAUUGGCGAAAAACGCAUUAUCAAGGGUGUUACGGCGUAUAUCCGGCCAGGAGACUUCGUUUCGAUUUGUGGUGCCAGUGGCGCUGGCAAGACUACAAUGCUCAAGGCCCUGAGUCAGAUCAAUGUGACAGGCGAGGUCGGAGGAGAGCUACUUUUUGGAAAUAAGGCCCUUGGACAGUCGUUCAAGAAAGUAACAGGGUUUGCACAGCAAGCUGAUCUUCAUGAUCCAACCGCCACGGUUCGGGAAGCACUGGAAUUCUCUGCUCUCCUACGUCAACCGGAUAUUUAUUCGCGCGCCGAGAAGCUUGCAUAUGUGGAUACGGUUCUCGACCUGUUGGAUUUAAAGCAUGUCGCUGACGCCUUGAUUGGCGAUGAAAACUCUGGACUGGGAGUCGAGAUGACAAAACGAGUAACGAUUGGUGUCGAACUCGCAGCUCGACCUCGCGUGCUCUUCGCAGAUGAGCCAACAUCGGGUCUAGAUUCGGAGGGGGCGGCCAAUAUCGUCAUGUACCUACGCAAGCUCUCCCACGCUGGUCAGGCGGUACUUGUGACCAUCCAUCAACCCUCUGCUCUUGUAUUCUCAGAGUUUGACAAGUUGCUCGCUCUCUCUCCAGAAGGAGAACAGCUGUACUUUGGCCCCAAUGACAAGGUUCUGGAUUACUUUACCCGUCACGGGGUUGUCCCGCCUCCCGAUGCGAAUCCUGCCGAAUUUAUCCUUGAAACUGGUGGUGCUGGUAUCAAUGCACGCAAGGAUACCAAGGGAAGCGAAUGGGCCAAGCACUGGCGCGAGUCUCCCGAAGCAAAGGCCGCUGCGGAGGACGUGGAUCGAAUUAACAAGGAAUACCAAGAAGGAAAUAAUAGCGUGGACGAGGAGGUUGGCCAUGGCGAAUACAACGGCUCUGUUGUGCAGCAGUCAUGGCUGCUCACGAUCCGAAUGCUGAAGAACCAAUGGCGAAACCCACCAUACAUGUACUCGAAGAUUUGGGUGCAUGUCGUCCAUGCGAUCUUGAUCGGCACGACCGUCUACAAGCUAGGAACAUCUCCCAGUGAUCUCCAGAACAGAUUGCUGAGCGUCUUCUCAAUCGUCCUUCUUGUCAAUACGAUUGUCAAUACCAUUCUUGCGCGGUUUUUCUUCGCUCGGCUUCUUUGGGAAAGUCGGGAGGGCCCCUCCCGCACCUACGGUUGGCAGGCACUGUGCUCGGCGAGUAUCGCAGCCGAGAUGCCUGGCGCCUUGGUAUGCACUGUUCUAUACUUUGUCAUUUGGUAUUUCCUCUGCGGAUUACCCACGGGUGAGGCGGCCGGUUAUGUCUUCUUGUCGCUCCUAACCUUCGAGGUGUUUGAGGUCCUCUUCGGCUUAUUCAUGAUUGGCAUGAGCCCCGACCUUGGAACAGCCGGCAACGUUCUUGUGUUCCUAGUUUGCGCCGUCAACUGGUUCAACGGAAUCAUUGUUCCCUACGAUCAGAUUCAAGUAUUUUGGCGAUACUGGCUUUAUUGGAUUAAUCCCUUCACCUACCUCCUCGGUGGUCUCGUCACUGCAGUCAUCCAAGAUCAACACGUCGUCUGCAAGGAAGGAGACAUCGUCUCCUUGUCUCCGCCCGCCAACGAAACAUGCGAUUCUUAUCUCUCAUCCUGGGCUCAUUCCGCGCAGGUUCAAGUCUUGAAUCCUUCCGCUACCGAUAACUGCCAGUUGUGUCAGUACACCACGGGAAAUCAGUACUUGGAAGGAUUCCGACUUGGUAAUGGCGAGAAUGGCGGAAUAUGGGGCGACUGGGGUAUCUUCGUGCUAUUCACCUUUUCGAGCCUCUUUUUGGUCUACUUUGUGACCUGGGCGACGAAAGUGCACCAGUGGAAAAAGCAAAAGCCUGUCGACAAAUCCAGUUCAGUUGAGUCCCCGAGUGAGUCAAACUGAAUGGAAGGAAUCUAGGAAGAGUUGGGGAGGUGUACAGACUCCAAAAUAUAUUUGGAGCGAGCUCUCAUAUUAUAAUUUGUUUAAUCUUGACGUGAAUAUUGUGAUUUUUUACACUGCUGUUGCUCCAAUUAAAAUGUAUUGUGGUCCUUCGAAGGAGGCCUGUGUGUCCUUACGAUUUGGUCCAACAAGAUAGAACUAUAUGGCUCGCGCAUGUGGCAAAGAACGAUGAAAUACAAGGCCUCACUUAAUAACCAAUCUAAGCUCGAGGCUAGAUCUGCUGCUUGGCCAAAGGGUGUAGUAUACCCGCCGGACACAGCCUUGGCGUCCCCCGUCCAAUGGAAGUAAUUCAACCGAACCAGGCCUUCUAGGCUUUCUACCCAGCAAUUCCUAAAAUCUAU